AUGGACUCUCAUCACAACCCAGACACUGUCAUGACUGACGAGCAGCUUGCUGCUGGGGAGGAAACGAUCACCGACCUCGGCGAUUACGUCCUCGAAGAUCUCCCCGACGGCGUUCCGCCGGAACUUAACGAAGAGCCUGCUGCUAAGAAGCAGUGUGGCGAAGGGACCUCCUCUGGUGCUGCUGGGGCUAGCGCUCCUGCUGCUGCGCCGCUGGUGCCGCAGCCGAUGCAGCGCUCUAACUCUUCCGGUAGCUCCGCGGCCAUGGCCCCCUCGUCGUCUCGUCCGUCGGCCCCACCAAGGCCGAGGUCUGCUCCGCCCUCUCGGCCGCAGCCUCCUGUCCAGGAAGCCGCGGUUGAACAGCCUUCAGCCGGAACUGCCGCCAACCUCUCCCUGUCGGUGCGAUACCGCAACCUCCGCCGUCACCGCCCCUCCGUGGGUACCGAGCUCCGGUCCCUGACGCGCGACCCGCUGCUACUGGUUGCGGUGAUGUUUCCGGAGUGCUCUGAGGAGGUUCGGGAGAGUAUCCUCUCCCGGAUCGCCGCUGCGCUCCCCGGCUCUGCUGCCUUCAACCGUGCUGUCCCGCAGUUUGACGCGGCUACGGGUGAGCCGCUGCUCUUGCCGCGCAGGACGUAUUUUCGGCACAUCUACUCCUGGACCUCCGCUGCUGACGCACGCAUCUUCCGCGGGCUGUUUGCGGUUCCUUUCCUUGUGCGGUUGAACAACAGCCGCCCAAUCGAGCCCGAAGAACUGCGCGCCUCUCUGCUCAGCGGCAAAACCGAUGAUGAUUUGCCGUGGCUUGCGGAUCUCCUGCAUUUUCACCGGCUCAAGGACCCUUAUGACGGCUCGGCUUACUCGCAGAUGCUUGGACUCCCGGUUGCGGCCGAAGGAGAUCCUUCCUUUAACCGCAUCUCGGCUAUCCUCUGGAUCCCGGACCAGGAGGAGCCCGCCUUCCUCAACAUAUCAUGCCACGCGUGCACCCUGUGCUCAAGCAACCACAGGCUUGAGGAUCACGCAUGCUUCGCCAUCACCCGACGCAACCGGGUCGCCAACAGGCAAUCCAUCACCAUGUCUGCGCUGCAGGCGGUUAACGUUCCUUCCCUCGCUGCACUUGUCUGCUCCCUGCUACCUUCGGCUCUGGUCUGGUUACCCCCCCUUCCCUGCUUCCCCCUUUCCACUCUCCCUGCUCCUUCACCCCCCCUCUCCCCAGGCAAGCUCCUUGGACAGCACGCUUCCACGGCAGCUUUCAAGAAAGACCCCGGCCUGCUCCUCAUUAGCCUUGACCUCGACGUGGAGGUGUGGGCGUGUUCGAUCUGCGACUUCGUGUGCGGCAUCGCUCUCGACAGCGCGAUGUUUCACCUCAACUCCGAUCAGCACCGCAACAGGCUGAAGGACCCUGUAUCAGAAUAG